CUAUAACAUCCACACAAUUUUUAAUUCAAAACACAAAAAUACAAUUUCACAAUUUCUUCUCCUUCUUCUUCUCUUCUCCGUUGGUGCCCAAUUCCAGUUUCCACGUGUACCACCGGAUCCGAUCACUCUUCCUCCACACUUCACCUUCUCCGUCAUGAAUCCUGAAUAUGAUUAUCUGUUCAAGCUCCUUCUUAUUGGAGACUCUGGUGUUGGUAAAUCAUGCCUUCUUCUAAGAUUUGCUGAUGAUUCAUACAUUGAUAGCUACAUAAGCACCAUUGGAGUUGAUUUUAAAAUUCGAACUGUUGAGCAGGAUGGGAAGACAAUUAAGCUACAGAUUUGGGACACUGCCGGGCAAGAACGAUUUAGGACAAUAACCAGUAGUUACUAUCGUGGGGCACAUGGAAUCAUUAUUGUUUAUGAUGUGACCGAUGAAGAGAGCUUCAAUAAUGUGAAGCAGUGGCUCAGUGAAAUUGACCGCUAUGCCAGUGAUAAUGUUAACAAGCUUUUGGUUGGAAACAAGAGUGAUCUGACAGCAAAUAGAGCUGUCUCAUAUGAUACAGCUAAAGAAUUCGCAGAUCAAAUCGGCAUACCUUUUAUGGAAACAAGUGCAAAGGAUGCUACAAAUGUGGAAGGAGCAUUCAUGGCCAUGGCUGCUGCCAUCAAGGAUAGAAUGGCGAGCCAACCAUCCGCAAACAAUGCAAGGCCUCCAACAGUGCAGAUUAGAGGACAACCAGUUGGUCAAAAAAGUGGGUGCUGCUCUUCCUAACUAGAAAGUAUUUCACUUGGUCUGCUACUUGCCCUUUUCAUGUAAGAUUUGUUAUGUCACUAAAUAGUGGACCAAUAUUGCAUAAUCCACCGUGUGGUUUGGGAAUUGGUUUAGAUGAUGAUCCCAUUCUUUACAUACACUUUAAUGGUAUGCUUGUCCUAAGUAUAGUACUUGUGUUAAUGAUAAUUCUAUGUUUCUGCUCAUAUCUAAUCUACUUUUUUACUAAGA